UCUGUGCUUUGUAUUCAUUGAAUUUCAAUAUAAUAAUUUAAUGAAAAUGAUAUAAAUAUAACAACAUAAAGAGAUAAUAAUAAUGGCUACAUUUCAAACUGGCCGAGAUCGUCGCCGUUUAUUGAGCUAUUUGGCCAAUAAUAAAUCAACGAAAAGUUUAUCAACAAAGAAUGAUGAUGAUGAUGAUGAUGAUGAUAGUAAUAAAAGGAAAAAGCGUCGUCAGCAAUGUGCACAAUUGGUGAACAAAAUUGAUCGCAAAGAUAAUGAACGAAAGAGCAAAACUCAUGAUCAUUGCAAGAAUAGAAUGAAAAAAUUUAAUCGUAUAUCUGUGGCUACAACUAAAAAUGACGAUGAGCAACUGGAAUUGCGUAAAGAUGUUGAAUGUUUUCUACGACAACACCAAAACAUGGAAAAAAUCAAUCAUUCUGACUGUGAUGAGGAUUUUGAAUUGGCUCAUACGAAAAAAUUCAAACACGAUGAUGAUGAUGAUGAUGUGGAACAAUUCGAACAACGAAGUCAAAUUCUAGCACAACGUGCUCACCAGACAUUAUCAGCAUCAAUGUUUCGUUAUUUGAAUGAAUUCCUCUACACACAUUCAUCGUUUGAAGCGAGAAAAUGUUUCGAUUCGACCAAAUUCCAGAAAUACCAUCAAGCCUAUGAACACAUCAUGCAACAAUGGCCAUUGAAACCGAUAGACUACAUUAUCGAUCAAUUGAAACAACGAAUUCGACCCACCCUUAUGAAUCGAUUGGUUAUGGCCGAUAUUGGCUGUGGCAGUAAACCACGAAUCGCUCAAGCUUUUCCCAAUUGUACUGUCUAUUCAUAUGACCUUUACUCUGGCGACGAUUCUUCAAUAAUAUCAGCCGAUAUGUGCCGUUUACCAUUAGAUAGUGACCACUGUGAUUAUCUAAUUUAUUCAUUAUCAUUGAUGCCACAAAAUCUUGCCGACGUUUUUCGCGAAUGUAAUCGUAUUUUAAAAUCAUCAAAUGGUUAUGCUGUGAUUGUCGAAGUUGCAUCUCGUUUUGCUGAUUUUGGUAAAAAUAACAACACAAACCACACAACAUCUGGCAAAUCUUUGAUGGAAAACCAAAAGCAAAAAUUUGCUGCUGAUUUUGAGAAUUUUGCCAAACAUCUGCGUCAACAUUAUGGCUUUCAGUUGAUUGAAUAUUAUCUAUUGCCGCCCAAUGAUUACUUUGUUUAUUUUAUUCUGAGAAAAAUUGAAACCAUCAAUCUUACCGGAUCUCGAGGACCUAUGAUGAUACAACUGAAACCUUGUGUUUAUCGUCAUCGAGAACCACCGAAACAAAAAAACGAUUGAAAAUUUUUACAUCAAAACAUAGAGUGCCAACGAUUGUCAUCUAUAUCAACGAUCAUCAUGAUGGUACGGAAACCAUUUCUCAUAAUGUUCGAA